UUCCCGGCGUCCCCCGCGACGGGAGGGCUCGUCUACCGGGGCCGGGGAGGGUGGCUACGGUCGGGCGGCUGUGCUCGGCGCACCGGGGGCAGGAUGGGAGCCGGGCUGCUACUGGGGACGCUGCUGGCGCGGACGCGUCACUGCUUGGGGCCGGCCCCACCGUGGGGAGGGGGAGCGGCGGCCGACAGCGCCCGGGCCUGCAGUUCUGCGCCCGCCCGGGACGGCCUCGAGGGCCCGGCGCGCCGGCGGUCCUACUGGCGCUACGUGCGGCGUCUGGUGCGGGGCGCGCCCGAGCCGCCGUACCCGCGCGUGUGCCAGGUCGGGGACCCGGCGCUGCGGGCCGUGGCGGCCCCGGUGGACCCGGCGCAGCUGGCGGGGCCCGAACUGCAGAAGCUGGUGCAGAGGUUGGUGCAGGUGAUGCGAAGCCGACGCUGCGUGGGCCUGAGCGCUCCGCAGCUCGGGGUGCCGCUGCAGGUGCUGGCUUUAGAGUUCCCCGAGGCGCUCUUCCGCGCCUGCGCGCCGCCCCUGCGCGAGGCCCGCCAGAUGGAGCCCUUCCCCCUGCGCGUGUUCGUGAACCCCCGCCUGCGGGUGCUAGACAGCCGCCUGGUCACCUUCCCUGAGGGCUGCGAGAGCGUCGCGGGCUUCCUGGCCUGCGUGCCCCGCUUCCAGGCCGUGCAGAUCACAGGGCUGGACCCCAAAGGGGAGCAGGUGGUGUGGCAGGCGAGUGGAUGGGCAGCACGUAUCAUCCAGCAUGAGAUGGACCACUUGCAGGGCUGCCUGUUCAUUGACAAAAUGGACAGCAAGACAUUUACAAACAUCUACUGGAUGGAGGUGAAUGAUUAAAAUUUUCCUGCUGCAUCUGAGGAUUCUGGAAAUGAAAACACAAACACUUGGGAUUUGAGCUGGGCAUGGCUUGCCCAUUUCCAACUUGAUAUUGGGCUGGCUCUGACAGAAAACAGUGAAUUGCCAAACCAGGUUGGAGGAAUAUAUCAAAAAUGUUUGCCCUGAAAUCAUCCAUGGACAAAAUAUUGCCAACGUGAAAAGAAAAUGAACUCCCCCAAAGAGUAGACAUUUCCUGAUGAUUUUGUAUGGUAAAAAGUGGGGCAGAUAACCACUCCUGGUGGACAUGAUUUCAUAGACCUGUAUGAUCUGUCCCAAAGCCAAGAUUUGAUAAUGACAUAGUCCCAAAAUAUCUGAAAGCUGUUUAAAAAUGCAAGUUAAGACUACGGUUGACCAUCUUCACCGAGUUCUUAUUUUUACAAAGGGCUUGUGUGUCUUACCUGCAGAGUCCUUUGCCUUGGACAACAGUUUGCUUGUGUAAGUAAAACAGAACAGAAUGGCCACAGUUCAUGAAGUGUUUAAUGAGAGUAUUAACAUAAAUGAGUACCCGCACAUUUUACCAAGUUCACAAGUUUUGGUCUCCACCUUCUGCCUUUAACAGAUUUGGGGAUGAUUUUCCUGCAAAGAUUUCUCAGGCAGCUGCUAUUUGGCUCAUUCUUUUUGGUGGAGCUCAUGGAUCAGGGCUAGGGGAGGGAUGAUAGUUGACGAAGCAAUGAACCUCUUCCUGUCACAAUUAGAAAAGAAAGAGAAAGCAAAACUUGUGCUUCCUGGUCACCACACUUAUUUUGGAAAAAUAAAUUAGCAUCACCCUGG